UUCCACCAUUUGCUUUCAUUUCAAAAUUCAAAACCUCCCGAUUUUUCUUUCUCUUAGCCGACGAAAACACUCUCCUCCCUCAAAAUUAACUCUGCAACCAUGGUACUCUCGGAAAAGGUCAAGGAAGCGGAGAUCACCGCCGACUCGCGUCUGCUGACGAGGCGGACAAGUCUCAGCUAUGCGGGAGGUCAAUUUCUGGAGAAAUAUUUCACGGAUAGAAACAUUCCUCGUUUGGAGAUGAAGACGCCUAUCGAUGCUGAAUUUGGAGGACUGAUCAACUGGGUUGGGAAAGGUGAAUUGACUGGCGAACUUGGUGCUUUAGGAGGAUGCGACGGGAUAUUGAGGUGGACUUUACCUGCUGGUCUAUUUCCGGAGAACUACGCUCCUGUUUUAGAGAUCGUUUUCGCUUCAGAACCUACGUUGUUGAGGAACAUCAUUGAUCAUCUUGAGGCAAAUCCAGAAGCGGUUGAAGAGUCGGAAGAGGGGCGGAUAAUAAUGGGAAGUGUGAGGAUGUAUGGUCUUGCACCAUUAGGAGAACUCAACUUAGUGGCCAAGAUAUUAAGGGGUAUUGAGCCGGCUGGAGAUUGGAUUCCACUGGUGAAUCUCCCCACCAGUUGGCUGACCAUGAUAGAUCAACAGCGGGCAUGGUAUGGAGAAGCUACUUUUGAGGCAGCCCGUAUGAGUUCACGGCGAUCUUCCUUAAUACAGCGGUCCCAGCUUCGUGAGCACGAUUAUGCUGGGUUCGUGGAUUUGGUACAGGGUGAAUUGGCAGGGUUGGGUGUGACACCAUGUCAGGUGACACUCUACGGGCGUAGGGGAGCCGCUACAUUCGUACCACUAACCGUGAAUGGAGCCAUCUAUGGCCAUUGGCUUAAUCUGCCUAUGUACUGGCAUGUGGCAAGGGAAGACGUUGCUGUGAUCGGCUACCAUACGGACGAUGUAGAUUUCUGAGUAGAGGAAGCGUUUGUUUGUUUGUUUUUGUGCUUAGUAAGGGAGGACUUGUGAGAUGAAUGCUUAUAUGACAGAGGAGGCCAUGAUAUAUGUUUGUCUGUUACUCUGUGAACAUAUCUUCUUGUCUUGUGUAUGCCCUGCAAGCUUUACUCUUGGCAAGCUAGGGCUUUCCUUGUAGCUAGAGCUUUGUGCAUACUUCAUUCAGAAGCUGAACAACGAGAUGACACCUCUUCUUUCGGUCUGUGAUUGACUCUGGACCUUUUGCUUCAUCUGUAUGGUAAUCAAUUUCUGCAGUUAUCUACCUACUUGUGGCCAUUUUUCUAAGAGUUCUAGGAAUUGGAACAUAGCUAGCUAGUUCUUAUUGAAUUUAGCUCCAUUUGCGUUGUCAUCGCACAUCUGAUGAUGAGCAUCUGCAUCACAGUAGGAGCAUGAACUGUAACCACCAAUUGACUGAAGGAGGAUGCGAUUUAUCGUGUGGUUGUUGUGUCAAUUGGCAUCAUCGCCAUUCCAAGCAUACGUGUACUCUGUCAUAUGUUAUGAUGUACACACAGAGCAAAAGUUUUCCACAUUUAGUUUGGCGUAUGCUUUCUCUGGCUUAACUCCUCUUUCACUGAGUGGUUUGUCCUUCAGCUUUGAACCGAUUUGGAGUAUGCUUCCUGCUUUUCCUAACUUGCUGGAUGUGGACUCGAUAUAAUGCAUAAUGACAGAUCUUUGGUUAACAAGAAACCAAUAUAAGUACAUAGCUUUGGUCUCCACUAAUCAUACUUGGAUCUCCUAAUUCUUGGAACAACUAACAUGACUUAACUCUCUGCAACUGCAACUCAUCCAAAAUGCCCGGAUGGACUCAACUGAUACAAAUAUAAACUUAUUAGGUACCAAAAUCGAAAAUAACCAAAACGGCGCAGUUUGGCUUUAACAGCAGCUUAUUCGAAUUUCGCGCCAACACUGUCCGUUCUCGUCCUUGCUAUAGAGUUUAUCAUAUUGUGAAUUUAUGAUUUGAGACCUUGUAGAAAACGAAGCGACGCAUCUCUGAUAUGGCUUCUGAUUGUGAUUCCAAAUGGUGAGAUUUUCACCUGUUAAUCGUUGCCAAUUCUAGGGUUUCAAGCUUGGAUAUUAAUAUAUUUUUCAGCAAUUUUAGCAUGCGUCCUUAUUUAAGGGACGUGUUCAACUCCUUAAACCUUAGAAAUAUAGGCAGUCAAUAGGUGGUUAAUAAGUAGCUAAGGGUAAUUAUGAGAUUAGUGUCAUCUUUUAAAAUAAUAACAGAUUUUAGGAUUUUUAAAGGGAAGGAAUUAAAAAGGGUUUUUAAUGGAGCCAAUUUUUAGAGGUUUAAAUGAGAUCAAUUAAGGGUUUUUUCCACGAUAGCGACAUAGCGUAGUAAUGACAUAAGGUAUCGUAAAGAAAAUUGAAAAACCAUAUGCAACAAUCAAUAAAUAGCCAAACUACCGAUAAAGGGCAUGGUUCGUCAAUAAUUUCUUAUAAUGACGUAAAAUUACAUUAUUUAUGAUUUUACGACAUUUAUGGUCGACUUAUAUUAUCACUAUCAAUGUUUAUGAAAAAAUUAUUAAUGUUAACCAACAUCAUUAUUAUUUACUUAUAUAAUAAUUAUCAUGAACCCUU